AUGCAGAUCAAGAAACAUUACACACUUUCUUUCGUUCGUACUCAGGAAUUAGCUACAGUACCAUGCACGUUGAUGUUCGGUGGAGCAUGGGUUGGAUGGGGCACAUGCAACCUUAAGAUUCUUAACGAGAAUCAUGGGAGGAUUCCAUUGGUCGCUGAGGGUUUAAUGUUACUCGGGUGUCCCUUUUUCUCCAUAUUUGACAAAUUGGACCCAUGGGCGCUCGUUCAAUCAAUCAGAGAUCUAGUAGCAGAUCGGAUCGACUUGACUAAAGAGGGUAAAUAG